UCGUUUUUGAACAGCAACGCUGAUUCAACAUGGACGCAUGCGAGCAAGCCUGGUAGAGAAAGUGGAAGCGGUGUGUUUGUCGGUAAAGAAAAUGAGCAGAGUGGCCUGCAUACUUUGUCAGCGAUCCAAAGAGACGAAGAUAACUGGAGCCUUGUCGACUAAAGAUGAAGUCACGGCUCAUCAGAACUGCCUGUUAUUUUCUGCUGGUAUCUUUUGCCGGGAUUCACCACAGUUCCAUGACCUGUUUGGCUUCUCGGUGGGGGAUGUGCUGAAUGAGGUGAAACGAGGAAGCAAGCUGACCUGUAACCACUGUAAGAAAAGGGGAGCCACUGCUGGGUGUGAAGUCAAACGCUGCAAAAAGUCCUACCAUUACCCGUGUGCUCUUAAAGAGGGAGCGACGACUAUUGAAGAUGAUGACCAUGGGCGCUAUGUGAUAUACUGCUCAUCUCACUCUGAGCAGCAAACACAAAAAAGUGCUUCCACAAAUGAGUUUGCCUCUUCCACCAAAAAGCCCAGAACCCCCAAAAAACUCAAAAAACCCCCAAACCCCAACGCACCCGGACCAUCUAAGGUAUGUUGCCUAACCUGUGAGAAGAGAGAAGGUAAUAUCAGCUUGGAAAGUUUGUCUAAUAGCAUUGUUAUGUCAUAUUGUGACAAACAUGCUCCUGCGUCACUUAAGAAGAACACCGACGGAGAAGGUACCGCAACUGGAUCCUCUGUACACAGCUAUGACUCCAGCUCAUCUAACAGUACAAUGUGUAGUUCUUCCAAGAGACGGUUGAGUGACUGUGACAAGCAGGAGGAGACCCUCUUGAAACCUAAGCCUCGUCGCUGGAAGAGGAGACUCUCCGAUUCUUCAAAUUCAGGUCAACCCCGUUGCAAGGGAAGAAAAUGUAACCUCUGUGGGCUUAUCACUCUAGCUAACAAACCCCUUUCUUUUAUCUUAUAUAUAUAUAUAGUUGACAAUGACAAUAACACUCCAAUGGAUAUAUACGCCCCAUUAGAGUCGGAUAUAGAUGAAAAUGCAAACUCCGUUCCAGAGCUCGAAACUGUGCCUGAGGUUAUCAGAAGAGACACCAAGAGUCCUGCUGGGUCUUUAUCAGGAAAUCACAUUGAGGAUGAAUUUAAUGAUGAAGACGACACAAUCAUAGAAUCAGAUGCUGAGUCAGAGAGUCUGCUGCUUCCCGUAAAGAUCUGCAUACAGACCCAGUCACUUACAAUGUCAGCUGGUGAACUCUCACCUCAGACUGAAUCUGCUCCACCUGAAGAUGUUCUGGUUAAUGCAGAUGUAGAGCCGGUCGUAGAUGAACACGAGGGGUCCAGUCCUGAGCAGAACAAUGUCCAAACCCCGGGUCAACUCACCAGUGGAUCCUCUGUCUCACCCCCAAACACCACUGCCCCCCCUCCCUCUCCUGGCCAGUCCAAAUUUUCUCCUUCAUACCUCACCUCCCUGAAGUCUCAUACUUCACCUCCCUGCACUAGCUCGGCCAUAGCUCUGGCUCUGCCUGAACGCGCCAGUGUAUCCAUUAACUCCUCCUCUUCCUCUCCUUUGGCACUUCCCUCAAGUCCAGAGCCCAAAAUUGACUCCAGCAGCUUCUGGAAAAGCUGUAAUGCAGCAGGAUGUACAGAGGCCAUCUUCACUGACUUCCUUGAUGGGAUGAAAAAUAUCUCCAGCAAAAUCCAGUCAGAUCAGGCCAGCCAGGAGGAAUAUGAUCUUGCACUGUCGGUGAUGGCAGCUUCUGGAAAAUUGUCAGAAUUUGUGGCUAAGCAGCAAGAAGAGCUACAGAAAAAACAAAUGGAAGUGCAGAAGGCAGCGGCAGCGAUGAAAGAUGUCAUCUCAGCACUGAGAAAAUGAGCAGCUACUGAGUGUUAGCUAUUAAAGCUAGGUUCUUUUGUCUGUGAUUACAUU